AGAAAGCCGCGGUCGCCGUCGUCCUCUCUCCGCGUGGGCCCCGCCGCGGAGAGAAACGCUCGCCACCGCGCUGGUGACGGGCGGCUGACGUACGCCGCUUCCCGCCGUGAGCUCAUCGCGCUUUAUAUAUCCGGCCUCCCAACGGCCAUUGCCCAUCGCACCACCACGGACGCAAGCAAACUGCGCAAGGCACCCAGCGGAAAAGGCAGCGGAGGAGGAAGAAGAAGAGCUCGAUCGAUCGCGUGCGUACGUGGCCCGGCCGGCCGAUCGAGAUGUACCAGGCGAUCCCCUACAGCGCGGGCCGGCUGCCGGCGUGGCCGCGGCGGUCCGAGCAGGCCGAGGCCGACGGCGCGGCCGGCCAGGAGGGCGGGCUCGCCGACGCGGCGGCGAGGGGCAACGGCGGGGAGGCGGUGAGGCGGGCGGUGGCGGAGAGCCCGGUGCUGGUGGUGGGGAGGCGCGGGUGCUGCCUCAGCCACGUGGUGAAGCGGCUGCUGCAGGGGCUCGGGGUGAACCCCGCCGUGCACGAGGUCGCCGACGAGGCCGAGCUCGCCGCGGCGGUGACCGGGGACGCCGGCGAGGCCGUCGUCGCGCUGCCGGCCGUGUUCGUCGGCGGGCGGCUCCUCGGCGGGCUGGACCGGCUCAUGGCCGUGCACAUCUCCGGCGAGCUGGUGCCCAUACUCAAGGACGCCGGCGCGCUCUGGCUCUGAGCCUACUCCGAGCAAAACCAAAGACGCAUACGGGACGGGGUACUACGGACGUACGCACAACCGUUUGAUCAGGAGUUAAUCUUUUCUCCUUCUUUUGAUUUCUCCUUUUGACUCUUGAGAUCAUGUGAGUUACUGCUGCUCGAUCUUCAGUCUCUCUUGAUUGGGAUCAAUAAUGGAGUACUAGUAUGUACUAGCUAGCUAUAGUUAGGCUUAAAUUCUUUUGAUUAGGGGAUGAAAAAAUUAGGAACUAUUGUGCCAUCUCGUGCUUAUUUUCGACCACACGCUUGUAAAUACAUGGAUGAGUGAAGAGGGGUGUACUAUUUAGCACUGUAUAAAUCAUGUUCCUUUCAUCUUGCACGUCA